AUGGACGCUGACAAGCCGCACAAGGCGCAUCGCAUUUCCAAGAAAAAGGCGGAGAAAAAGUCGACCAACAAGCAUGCAAAGGGCUUUAACGAAAAGGCAUUUGCAGUCAACUCUGGGCGGCGAGCAGAGAAACAAGCGAGGAGAAAUGCUGAAAAGGACCAGACCCGUCUUCAUGUCCCGCUCGUAAACAGAACACCAGAAGAUGAACCUCCUCCAGUCAUUGUUGCCGUCGUGGGACCGCCAGGAGUCGGCAAGUCGACACUUGUCAAAUCUCUCGUCAGGCGGUAUACAAAGCACACACUAUCCGAAAUCAAGGGUCCUAUCACGCUCGUGGCCGGUAAAAGACGACGGCUCACCAUUGUCGAAUGCAACAACGACCUAAACUCGAUGAUCGACAUUGGAAAGAUUGCAGAUCUCGUUCUUCUCAUGAUUGAUGCCAGCUUUGGCUUUGAAAUGGCGACUCAUGGGUUCCCAAAGAUUAUCGGUGUCUUGACACAUCUCGACUUGAUCAAAAAGAUUGCCGUCCAACGCUCGACAAAGAAGGCCCUCAAGAAGCGAUUUUGGACCGAAAUCUAUCAGGGAGCAAAGCUCUUCUACCUCUCCGGUGUCAUAAAUGGACGGUAUCCAGAUACUGAGAUUCAGAACCUCACACGCUUCAUUUCCGUCAUGAAGUUUCGACCUCUCAUCUUUCGCAACGCACAUCCAUAUCUGCUUGCAGACAGAAUACAAGACUUGACACCUGUAGAACAAGUUCGCCAGAAUCCAACAUGUGAUCGCACAGUCACACUCUAUGGCUACCUGAGGGGUACCAACCUCAAAGAGUCUCACAAGGUGCACGUACCUGGUGCUGGCGAUUUGGAAAUUCGUUCCAUCACCCUUCUUCCUGACCCUUGUCCUCAACCAACUGCAGAGAGCGAAAAGCGGCGACGGCUGGCAGAAAAGCACAAACUGAUCCACGCGCCAAUGAGUGAUGUCGGUGGUAUUCUGUACGACAAGGAUGCUGUAUACAUCACCGUUCCUGGUAACUUUACGCGCAAGGAUGGUGAAGUCGAAGGCGAGGGCGAGCGAAUGGUUCUCGACCUCCAGGAUGCCACUACCACAUUAGCCGAUUCAGUUUCUCAAAGUCAAAUCCGGCUGCUAGGCACUUCCUCUCAUCCUCUUGUCGUCGCACCAAGCGACGACGAGGAUGAUUCUGAAGGUUCGGACAAUUCUGAGGAAGAUUCAGAAGUAUCAGACGAGGACUCAGAGGAAGGCGACGCCGAAGAAGAGUACCCAGUCGUCGGAGAUGGAAGCGGUCGAUCCACUGCUCGUCAGCCCACUAGAGCAUUGCAAAAGACUCGACAAACUCAUCAGAGCAAGGAUGUGGAGUAUGCAGAGAGUGAUUCCGACUUGGGAGACGAUGUUGGUGACCUUCGACAAGAUGAGAUCCAAGACGACAUUCCGUCAGACGAGGAUGAUGAUGAGAUGUCAGAUGAGGACGCCCCGAAAUGGAAAAGCGGCAUCCUCUCGAAUCUCGAUCAAGCCAGGAGUCAAAGGCCUCGCAAAAUAGACUGGACAAAGCUGAUUUACAAGAGUCAGUUGACACCGGAACAAAUCAUCAAUGGAGAGGAAGACUCCGAGGCCGCCAUGGAGGAGGAGGAGGACGACUUUCUGACCUUCAAGAAGGAGACCCUUGGGGACACGGAAACUGUGGAUCAAACCAAGGAGCCGCUGCUUCGGGAAGGCGAAGAAGUCGAUUGGGAUGAUAAUGACUUUUUGGACACCUUCCGGUCUCUCUUCAUCACAGGCUCCCAGGGAGAGGAGGACGGCAACGGUGAAGGCUCGGAGGAGGGCGACUUCGAGGAUCUCGAAGCUCCGCCGAAAUCGGAAGAGGAUGCUGCGUCAGAGGCAGAAGAUGACGAGGUCACCAGAGAAAAGGUGCUGGCGGCCAAAAAGGAGGCCCUAAAGCGGAAGUUUGAUCAGCAGUAUGACGAUCCAGAGGGUGCCAAGCUCAGCUUUUACGACGAAAAGAAGGAGGAAAUGGCUCAGCAACUCAAGCUCAAUCGCCAAGAAUUCGAGGGCGUCGACGCAGAGACGCGGGCGCUGGUCGAAGGGUAUCGACCAGGCUCGUACGUGCGCGUUGAACUCGCACAAGUGCCAUGCGAGCUUGUCGACAAUUUUGACCCUGCAUAUCCAAUCAUCGUCGGAGGAUUACUGCCCGCUGAAGAACGUUUUGGUAUUCUCCAGGUUCGGUUGAAACGCCACCGUUGGUUCACCAAGACCCUCAAAACCAACGACCCUCUCAUCUUCUCGCUCGGUUGGAGGCGGUUCCAAACGAUUCCCAUCUAUAGCCUUGAUGAUCACUCAAUUCGGAUGCGUAUGCUCAAAUAUACCCCGGAGCAUAUGCACUGCUACGCCACAUUUUAUGGGCCCGUCUCUCUUCCCAAUACAGGCUUCUGCGCUUUCAAUUCUCUCGACGAUUCAAACCCCGGGUUCCGAAUAUCUGCAACCGGUGUAGUGUUGGACAUCGAUCGGUCGACGAAGAUUGUCAAGAAGCUCAAGUUGACUGGGGUACCCUACAAGAUUUUCAAAAAUACGGCCUUCAUCAAGGAUAUGUUCACCUCCUCUCUCGAAGUAGCCAAGUUUGAAGGCGCGACGAUCAAAACCGUCUCCGGUAUCCGGGGACAGAUUAAGAAGGCACAGGCGAAGCCUCAUGGGGCAUUCAGGGCGACAUUCGAGGACAAGAUUCUCAUGAGUGAUAUCGUCUUUUUGCGUGCCUGGUAUUCCAUCCAACCAAGGCAGUUCUACAACCCUGUGACCUCGCUUCUGCUUAGAGAGAAGAAAUGGCAAGGGAUGCGACUAACGGGUCAAGUCCGAAAGGAGCUGGGAAUGAGCGCGCCUCUGAAUAUCAACUCUACUUACAAGCCGAUUGAUCGACCGUCGAGGCGAUUCAACCCUCUCAAGAUUUCCAAGAAACUGCAGCAGGAAUUACCCUUUGCGUCCAAGCCGCGGCUCACAAAGCCAGCAAAGGGCAAGACGUAUCUUCAAAAGCGGGCAGUCGUCCUCGAACCAGAGGAAAAACGCGCACUUGCCUUAUUGCAACAGAUGCGUGCGCUGGACAAGGACAAGACGGCCAAGCGUCGGGAAAAGCAAGAGGAGCGGCGGUCCGAGCACAGAAAGGCGGUUUCAAAGCUGGAGGAGAAAAAGGGUCAAAAGCAAAAGGAGCAGCGCAAGGAGUAUAUGCGGAUUGCUGGUCAGAAACAAAAGCGAGAAGAGGCAGAGGGUGGUAGUCGCAAAAAACGCAAGCACUAG